CAACAUUUCAUUUCAUUCAAAGAGGACAUUAACUCGUAUAAACUACCAAUUUCAUUUCAUUCAAACAUGCCAUUGACUCGUAUAAACAAACUACCGAAGUAGCCUUCAAGGAUGGUCUUUAGCCUAAAUUCCUCGUCGGUCUCAGUCGCAACUUAUUGUUAGGGUCUCUAGGACCAGUGCAAUUGCCCGCCAUGCUAUCUUACGACGACUUCAUUAAAGUCCACGGCGUGCUAUUAGCUUCCUCCGGAAUACCGCUGAAACUCUACCCCCUGCUCUUCCGGAAGCUCGCAGAACAAACGUUCGACGGCGGCCAACACUUUCAGAUCGAGCCAAUGGAGGACGGAACGCAAAGACGCCUGCUGUUCACUUCAGAUUAUUUGGCUAAGGAGUCUGAUCUCUUUCUGGUUGACCAUGCUUGGACUUUCCGCCUCGCUGACGCCUAUAAGCAGUUACAGGAAGUCCCCGGACUGGCAGAACGAAUGGCUGCAUUAAUGUGUUUGGAUGCUGAUUUGUCACACACUGUUGAGGUAGGUGACACCGGUGGAGCUGAAGAUGAUCCUAAAUUGAGUGCUGAGGAAAUAGUUGCAAGAGAAGUCAUUAAGGUCACAGAAGGAGGUGAUGCUUCAAGGUGGUUGGAGCUUGAUGACCUUGGAAUUGAUGAUCAUAUGCUUUCUUCUCUUGAUUUGCCUCAUAAAUUUCCUAAUCUGCUUGCAACAAGUUUGUGUGGCAACAACCUCAAGAAUGUUGAAAAUCUUGUAAAGGAGAUUACCCAACUCAAUAAUCUCAGAGCUCUAUGGUUGAAUAACAAUCCAAUUUUGGAAAAUGAUGAUGGUCGUCUGGAAGAUGCCAUUCUUCAAGGCUGCCUUAGAUUGGAAAUUUUCAAUUCUAGGUUCACUCCACAUUAUGGUGAGUGGGCGUUAGGUUAUUGUGGAGAAAUUUACAAUAAAGACAGUCCAGAAUGUGUAUAUCACGGUGACCACCCCUUGCUCUCCAUUGAUUCUUUAGACCUAUCCGAUAGAUCGAUUAGCAACCUCCUCAAUAAGGCAUUUUCUCCUGCUGAAAUGCCAUCUCUCUCACACUUGAAUAUUCGUGGAAAUCCAUUGGACCACAACACUGCAAGUGAUUUAUUGAAGCUCCUUAAGCAAUUCAGUUGCUUGCGUUCUCUGGAGGUGGAUAUACCUGGGCCUCUGGGCGAGAACGCUUUUAGGAUUUUUGAAGAACUGCCAUAUCUUGCUGUCCUGAAUGGCGUAAGCACAUCCAGAAUUUAUGAGUCAGGUAAGUCUGUUCUUGGUUCAAUGCUCCGACCGCGCAUUCCUGAAUGGAAAGCUGGAGAACCUAUUCCUGACCGCAUUACAGAUGCAAUGUGGUUAUACUUGAUGACAUACAGACUUGCAGAUGAAGAAAAAAUUGAUGAAACCUCUGUAAUGUAUGUAAUGGAUGAAUUAGGUUCAUCUCUACGACACAGUGAUGAACCGAAUUUCAGAGUGUCUCCAUUCCUCUACAUGCCAAGAGGUGAAUUGGAAUCCGCUAUGAGCUAUUCAAUUUUUUGGCCAAUUGAUGAUAUUCAAAAAAAUAAUGAGUGCACUCGUGAUUUCCUACUUGGAAUUGGAGAAGACAAACAACGCUUGGCUAGACUUACAGCAUGGUUCCACACCCCACGUAAUUACUUUGUUAAAGAAUAUGAGAGGUGCCGGGAGUGGUUGCAAUCAAUCACGUUUACUUCCCCACUGCAGGCAUCACCUCUAACAAGUUCUUUGUACUGUACCAAUGGAAUUGCUUUGCGUGUUUACACAGAUAUACCUCACGUGGACGAAUUCUUGAGCCGCCCUGAAUUUGUAAUAACAUCUGAUGCAAAGGAUGCACAUAUUAUAUGGACGAGUAUGCAGGUAGAUGAGGAGGUGAAGAAGGCUGCCGGACUAAAUGAUCAACAGUACAUAAAUCAAUUUCCAUUUGAGGCUUGUCUUGUUAUGAAACAUCAUUUGGCCGAAACAGUUCAAAAG